UGGGUGAGAUAUAGACGCCUCGAUUACCGCCUGAUUUGCAGUAUUGAAGGUUAAUUUCGUAGAAUAAGUUUUAAAAUGUGAUUUUUUGCAGUAAGUUUGCCUUGUAAUAUACGAGAAUCUUGCCAUGAACUUCCACGCAUGGCGGUUUUUUUUGUUGCUUUUCUUGACUUCUUUUUUUGUCUAGAAGCCGCGGCAUUGUUACUAAACUACCCCCCACCCUCCCUUCCUACCUCAUUUCUAAAAUAUUUGGGAGUCUGCUCUGACUGUGCUCUACUCUACUCUACAACUCUACACUCUCGAUAGUCCGAAAAACUAUCGCGAUACUAUCGAGAGUUGGACAACUGGUAGUCGAGAACCACCAAGAACUAUCGAACUUCGAAGUAUGUCUUGAUUGGUGUCGGACUUAUGCUCUUCUCAAAGUCAUGACAACUGUCCGUGGUGCUGCAGCUGUACUGUUUGAACUGAUGCUUUAUUCCCGUUGUGAGCUGAACACAUCUGAUUAGUGAAAAUGGCGUCGGAAGAAAGGGCCGCACUUGAAGAAUCGCUGGAGCAAUAUGAGCAGCAACUGCUGGCGGUUCAGCUGGCACUUCAGGGUGCAGGAGAGGAUCAAGCUGGCGAUUUGGUGGAGCUCCAACGCAAUCUUGAAGAAGUUAUAGCCCUGACGAAAGCGAGUUUACACACAUCAUCACCGUCAUCAUCUACCUCGGCUCACGAGAGCCCUACGACAAAUGACAUCGACACUGAAUUUGCCAAAUUUCAGGAUGAAAUCUCUCAACUUACAACAACAGAAGGCACAGCGCACGUAGAUAAAGCCCCAGGAGAGGAAGGCGAUCCAGCAGCAGAUGAUAGCCAUUCGAGAGAACUAUCGCAGCUGAUAGAACAACUUGAAGGGUCCCAAGUACGUGUCCCCUUCUCCAGAGAUUGGGCUCACACGGACUACCACAAUGCAGUCGUUCUAUCAGUAGACUCUGAUAGCAUUCGAGGCAUCGACAACAUAAGUGUCACAGUGAUGUUCACUCACCCACAGUCGGCAGCCAUGAAGCCUUGCUCUUUUUUUCUCGAAGGUCAUUGCAAGUUUAGUGCCGAACAGUGCCGCUUCUCUCACGGCUAUCCCGUGCACUUAUCCGACCUCCGCGAGUACUUCGAACCGGACUUUGCGACCCUCCGCCAGGGCUCCCUGUGUCUCGUGAAAAACGCGUCCGAUGGCCUGUGGCAGCAGGCGGCCGUAGUCGAGUGGGAUAGCGGCAGUGAAGCCUGCGAAGCGGCAAACCUGGUGGUUCGAAUGAGUCACUCCGGAAAGACUGCUCGCGUGAAGUUGCAAGACGCGAUCCCUCUGCCCGACCAAGGUGGGGCGUCGGAUUCGGAAACAGACGACGACUGUGACGAUGGGGACGGGACAAAUAGUUGUGGUGUGGUGGCGAACGACGACGAAGACGACGACGAUGUUCCUCUGGUGAUAUGGGUGCCUGCUGAGAAUGCGGGGCAGCCACUUGGAUCGUGGGAGAGGCACACGAGGGGUAUUGCGUCGAAACUCAUGGAGAAAAUGGGCUAUGUCUGGGGGCAGGGUCUAGGAAUCCGAGGCAACGGUCGCACCGAACCUGUCGAGGCGGUGGUUCUUCCACAAGGCAAAUCACUGGACAAAUGCAUGGAACUGAGGGAGAAGAACAUGACGCAAGACUCCGUAAAAAUACAGAGAAAAAUGCUGCGACAAAAGGAAAAGGCUGAGGCCAAACUAGAAGCAGGUUACCAAAAGGCCGUUGCAGAAAAAUCAGUCUUCGACUUUCUCAACGACCAGAUCUUCACCAAGAAACAUGGCAAGGUCCAUGACAAACCAGACUCCAAAUGUAAAAGUCGUCCCGGAGGUCAAGAUCUAAAGGACAAGUCUGACAAAGGCCUUAGUGUGGAGUCAUUGCAAGUGACGGAAGGAAUUCGAAAGGCAGAGAGAGAGAUUUCUCGUCUGAACCAGUCCCUGCUGAGAAACAAGGACAAAGACAGAGUCAUGCACAACAGAGUGAAGCAGAAGAUAGAAGAGCAGCACAAGCUAAUAAAUCAACUCAAGUCGAGGGAACGCCACAUUCAUGCAGAGCAACAACACCGAAAGGGAAACGAUAAAUUAAGAAUAUUUUAGGUACAAACUUUCGAGGUUCUAUUAAAUGCCUGCGCUUCACACACA